AUGAACGCGGUAAAAAAUACCUUCACGGCCGCGACGAUGUAUCACCCUGCGGCGAUGUGUUCGUAAUUAUAUAGUCACGUGACACACGGGUUGCGCUUAUUUAUAGACACGAGUCUAUCAAAGUUUUUGGCAGAAGCGCGUGUGCGCAUACGCUCCGGGGCAUGUGUAUGUCACUACAGCACCGUAUACGACUGUAUCACAAUGAGCAUAUAUGUAUGUGUAUGUGACUGCACUUCCACAUUUGUGCAUAGUGUAGGUGCGCGAUGAACUUUUUCGUGACAGGCGCAAGAGUGUGUUGUUGGUCAGCUGGAACAUGUGACGAGGGGGCUCGGUGCCUCGGUCCGUCGAUGUUUUGAGUUCUGACCAGUUUUGACGCAGCGGACUUUCUUAAAAAUAGGAGCUACGGGCUGUGCUGGUCGAGACAGGCGUCUUGUCGCAUCGCGAGGAGGGGGGGGGGGCCUUGUUGUGUGGCCUUUGAAGGCUGUUGAUCCGUGAAAGAAAGAUGCGCGCUACCUCGGGAUUAGAUCACCGACAUUCUUCUACGUAUCGCGGCUAACGAAACACGAGAAUUAUGUCGAAGCCCGAUGCGCCGAAAUUCGUCACGGCACUCUUCUCCUUCAAAGGGAAGAAUAACGAUGAACUGUGUUUCAAGAAAGGGGAUGUAAUAACGAUAACGCAGGUGGACGACGAAGGCUGGUGGGAGGGCACAUUGAACGAUAAGACUGGUUGGUUCCCUUCGAAUUACGUCAAGGAAUAUAAGGUUCCAGAUGGUGGUCAUGCGUCGAUUAAGACGUCCCCAGAAAGGAGUCCGCAAGAGUCGCCUGUGCAUCAGAAACUCAAUCGCGAUAUAGUGUUAAAGGAUAUCGUUGAUUCUGAAAGAGUGAAUGUAGCUGAGCUCCAAGGGCUGAUGAAUAAUUUUUUACAACCUCUUGAAACAUCGAAUAUACUGAAGAAAGACGAGUAUAAGCAACUACUUGGUAAUAUACACGAGGUCUUGGAGACUCACCAAUGUUUGUUGGCAAAUUUGGAAGGAACCAUUUUGCAGGGACUCUCUGCGAGAGUGGGCAAUCUUUUCUUAACUAUUGCGCCAAGGCUGAAGUCUAUUCAUACUACAUAUUGUAACAAUCAUCCGCAAGCUGUUUGCAUAUUAGAUAGGUACAGAGAUGAAUUAAAUGAAUUUAUGGAACGUAGUGGAGCGAUAUCACCUGGUAUAUUGGUAUUAACCACUGGUCUUAGCAAACCGUUCCGAAGAUUGGACAAAUACUCUGCUAUGCUUCAAGAGUUAGAAAGAUACACCGAAAAAAAUCAUCCCGACAGAGGAGACACUCAACGUAGUAUAACAGUAUAUAGGGAAAUCGCGGAUCAUUGCGCUUCCAUACGUAAGCAGCGUGAAUUAGCACUUCAAAUAUUAACUAGUGGAAUUAAAGGUUGGGAAGGUGAAGAAUUGAAUUCGCUAGGCGAGAUUAUUCACGUCGGAUCUGUAACUCUAGCGACCGGCGUAGAUCGUAGAGAUAGAUACUUUGUUUUAUUUCCUACCACACUGCUGGUACUUAGUACCAGCCCCAGGAUGAGUUCCUUCAUUUACGAGGGAAAACUUCCGUUAACCGGCAUUAAUGUAACUGGAAUGGAAGAUACGGACGAGAUAAGGAAUGCUCUAGAAGUCACUGGACCAAUGAUUGAAAGCAUCGUCGUGCUGUGCGCCACAAAAGAAGAGAGACAGCGUUGGAUCGAUCUCUUAACUCAGGAGCAGUGUACUAGCCUCCUGAAAUCGCCAACCGUGCCUCGUGUGAGUUUCCAUCAUCCUCCGUACGCUCGACUCUCGAGAUACUUUGCGAAGCUCGUGAGGAGAAAAGUCAUAUAUCCUGAAUUGAUGAAGAAAUUGUUAUAUAUUCAAUAUGUUCUGAGGCCAGAUUUGACUAGCGUGAAAAUGAGAAAGUGCAAUGUGACCUACACUAUUUUUCCUACUCGCGCUAGCGAAGGAUCAGAGUCAGAUGAAAGUAAUGCGCAAGAGGAACCGCGAAUAUUGCGUAAAUCCUCGUUGAUACUGGACGUUAGAUAUGUAAUAGACAAUACUGAUCUCAGUACCGUCGGAAUAGCAAGCACUUCCUCACUCACGAAUUUCGCACCGAGAGUUGAUUGCGACAAUCGAUGUACCUUCGAGACUAGUAAGAGUUUACCCGCUGGUGCUAUAACGAGUCACGUCCUGCCGAACGUUCCGCUCGCGUCAAGCAAGUCGUAUACGUCAAAUCUUCAAGCACGCAAUAAAUUUUGUCGGGAGCAUUUGGAGAUAUCACAUGGCGGAGGUCAGACUGUAAAUUAUAAAUAUUUGAGAGCUAUCGAGGAGUUUUAUCCAAAGAACUCGGACGUCCCGGUUCGAUAUUCCACGACUUCCGCAUCCCAGAACGAUGAUAACUGCGAUAGCAUCGGGAGAGAAUUUGGAGAAACGUGCGCAAAUAUUAGCUUACGGUCUUCGGAUUCGGGAAUGGCCGAGAGUUAUCACUUGCGUUCAUCCGAAAUCAAUUCCUGUUACAAGUCGUACACGUCUAGUCAUGCUAAGUAUAUAGAUCCUGUGAGAACGUCCCAUAGCGAAAGCGAUAACGAUGAGAAUAAGUUCGAGCAUCAGUGUAUUUGCACCUCGCCAUUUGGCUCUACGCCUCGAGACAGUGCUCACUCGCUGGCCUCGUCGAAAAAUAUUGACGAAUGUACAAGCCUCGCGAAAUCUAAUGAUGUCGGUAGCGACGCUAACGACGACGAGCCCAGUAAUAGUGGGAAGAAAACUCAAGAGACUGUAUUUAUUCAUCCUCUGUUAAAUUAUGGGAAUGUACAAGGAAAAAGGUAUACGCAACCGAUACCGUAUGCGCAUCAGUGCGUAAUUAAGAAAAUCGGGAGGCGCGUAGUUCGUCCAAUCCAGCCAAUUAUGGAGGAACAUGACGAGCCGACAAACCAAGUGUAUUCAUCUGGAUUAUAUGCUCAUUGGUGGCUCAAGAAAUCUAUCCCGAUAUUUGGAUGCACGGAACAAGCCAUGUUGUGUGAACAGACGAGCAAUCAAUCGAACGGAAAGCACCAACGACCGGCAAUGGAGCAUUGUACAUCUCCAGGAAUUAAGACACCUUGGAGUAUUGCAUCCUUAAGACCUGCUCCUCCCCUGUAUUCUCUUAAAAAUUUUGGAAAAAUAGAUACUACUACAGAUACAUCACGCUCACCAAGAUCAUGCAAUGAGCGACAGUUUGAAGAAGAUGCAAUCAUAUUGAAAGUAAUAGAAGGUUAUUGUCUUUCUGUAAAUGCUAGAUUCACUGUACAUUCUGGAGAGUCUAAUACUAUGUUAGAUUAUGAGUCAUCACAAAAAUCACGGGAUAGGAUAUCACUGAUGCAUAAUAGAGGCAAUUGGGAAUCUUGUAAUGAUAGGAUAUUAUCGGAAACUGUUAAAACCUUGAAGAAUCAAAUGACUGAUUUGCAAUCACAAAUGUCGCUACUAACAAAACAAUUGGACGAGGAGAGAAGAUCGCGGCUCUCAUUAGCUGCUACGGUAAAACGUAGCAUGGGAGUUAUAGACGGAUGAGGAUAAAUCAAAGAAUUAUGUAACAUAAAGAAUGUUAAAAAAUUAAAUUUUACAAUGUUCAUUUCAUACAUGCAAGUUUUAAAAUGCAUAAUAUAUCGCGUGUUGGAAUGUUUUCAUAAAAUUUAUUAUUUUUAUGAUAUAUGUGAUAAGUAUAAGAUAGACAUAUACAUAUAAAGAAAUUAUUUAUGUAUUUUUCUAGCAUAUUGUAUACACCCGACAAUAAAGAAGAUACCCAGAAA